AUGGACGACGGCACUAUGCCCUCCCCAGCACAGCUGGCUCUUGCAAUAGCCAUCGUCAAGCAUAAACCCGCAGACUUGGAUAUCAGAGAAUACAUUCUGAGAAUCAGACAACAAAUCAAAGACACCCGGGAGGCAGAAACAUCCUAUACCCAUGAUAAAGAUAGAUUCUUCGACAGCGUUUCCUUCUGGAGGCAGGCGUACGAAAAAUCCGAAGCAGAGCAGAGCAAGCUACUAGAUCGCAUUUACGACCUUGAAAGGCGUAAUGAAGCACUUAGUGCUAAGUUGCAGGCACGGAAUACCCCGUUCGAGGCGGAACAGCCAUCAUCAAAGCGAAAAGCAACCGUUGGUGAAAAAGCCGCUGGAGGCGUAACAACAAGGAAAAGAGCCAAGACGCAGACGGUUAAUGGUGCCUCAGCGCCAUGGGAUGAACUUGAUCGACUAGAUCUUACGGAGGAGUCUACUGGGCCCUUCAUGAGGCAUUAUUAUACGCUUCAAAAAGCCCUUCAGAGGAAGUCUAACGCCUUGGAUAUUGUUAGGGCUGCAGUGAAUCUAUGCGAAACCACUGCAAAUGAACUAUCAGAGGUAGUCUCCGAGAAAAGAGCGGUCCCUUGUGCUUCCAGGAAUAAGGGCUCAACGAGGACUGAGGGGCCAACGAUUGCUGAAGUGCUUCACUGUAUGGAAUGUGCUUUCCAACUUCUUUUACAGGUGAUAAGGACUCUAUCUGGAACAGAGGAUGGCAUGCAAUCUUCCAAUCGCGUCAUCUACCAUAUUGUUCACCUGUAUGAAUCAACGAUGGAUGCUUUAGAACAAUGGUGUAAGGCCAAAUCCGAGCAGGCACAGCCAGCCAAGCAGAAACACGCAGCAAGCAACAAGAUCAAAGUUAAACAAUUGCCUGGUUUUAAUAUGAAUACCGGUAACGAGGUUUCUACGCAGAUGGUUCGACUACUAAACGCAAUGGCUUCCUCACUUAACCCUGGGUGUCCGGGUCAUCAAGAUUUACUGGAAGGGUUUCUAUUCAUUUUGCUCAGUCGCGUCGGAAAAUUGCUGUGCCUGUUCGUUUUUCAGGACCUAAAGCUACGACCUGAUCUUCGUGCAGACUUCACAAAACUUCCUCUCCCAAGAGGCUUGACAGAACUUGACAUCAACGAUAGGUCAUUGUGUUCCGCAGAGAUGGAAGCGAAAUGCCUAGUCUGGCUGUUAAAGAGAGCAUUGGCCAUAUUACAUAGUUUUACUUCAUCAUCUUCAUCGGAAUCUAGAGAUAGCGACGGAAGCAUAUCAUCCGCGGCAAAACUCAAGGAAAGACUGCAAAGCACCCUGCUUCAGGCUGUUUUUGGCACGGAUUCGACUUGGGAAAAGCCGCUCGAGCGACCCGCGCUGACUGAUGAAGAUCUUCGCAAUCUACAACUACCUUCUCAGAACCCUGAUCAAUCGGUCCCAGACUGGUUCACGCAAGAGGUAUGGAAGCUAUUAGGAUGGGAGAUAUUGGUGAGAAGCAACACUUCAGAGCUUUGA